CCAAAGACCCUGUUUUCCAUCUGGGAAAAGAUCCCAUCCAUCAUCUGCUUGUGACCUACAUUUGUUGAUAUAUUCCCUCCUGAAGAUACUAAUGGAAAGUGUGUAAGAAAAGUUCAUAGAAUCCAUUUGAGGGAACAUCUGUUAUUGGUCAACUCGUUUUCCAAUCUUUUUUUCCCUCAUCUGGAAAUUUAUAAGGUUCAUCAUUGUUCUAGGAAUCGCAGCUAGUGUUGCUGUUGAUCGAAUAUACAUGACCAAAGUCAUUGUUGACUUUCACUAAGCUAUAUAUAUGGUGGAAGAAGAGAAUAUAGAAGAAGCCUGUAGGAAGGCUGUGGAGGAAGAUGAUGAACCCCAAGGACUAUGUUACUUGUUUUGGGGUCCAAUACACUGGUUUAAGAUGCUUGCAGUUGAAAUGCACUGGAGCUUCGUGUUUGGAGUUGUGUCCAUUUAUGGGAUAAAUCAGGGGUUCGGAGGUGCUCUUUCUCGCAUCGGAACCGAGUAUUACAUGAAGGAUGUUCAGAAGGUGCAGCCUUCCGAGGCUCAGGUUUAUUCAGGGAUUACUUCCAUCCCUUGGAUCAUCAAGCCUGUUUGGGGUCUUCUCACAGAUGUUAUUCCAAUAAUGGGGUAUCGAAGAAGACCUUAUUUUGUAUUAUCCGGUAUGCUUGGUGUUGUUUCAAUGCUUUUCAUAUCACUGAAAAGCAAGAUGCAACUGGUAUUUGCCAUCCUGACAUUAACAGCAGGAAAUGUGGCGGUAGCUGUAGCUGAUGUAACCGUUGAUGCAUGCGUGGCGCAGAAUAGCAUUACUCUUCCUUCUCGUGCAGCUGACAUGCAAAGCUUGUGCGCUUUGAGCUACUCUUUUGGAGGAUUGCUGGGGUUCUCUAUUAGUGGUGUUUUUAUACACCUGAUCGGUCCAGAGGGGGUGUUUGGAUUGCUAAUUCUCCCCGCUGCACUAGUAUCUUUAGUCGGGAUGCUGCUUUCGGAGCCCCAAGUGCCCAACUUUGCUUACAAUGAGGUAAACCGGAAAUUCCUUGAUGCUGCAAAAGCUAUGUGGACAACCUUAAAAGGCCCCGACGUUUGGAGGCCAUGUUUAUACAUGUAUUUAUCCUUGGCAGCGAGCUUGAACAUAAAUGAAGGAUUGUUUUAUUGGUACGCAGAUGCUAAGGAGGGCCCAUCUUUCUCUAAGGAGACUGUUGGCUACAUUUUCUCAAUGGGUGCCAUAGGUGCCCUCUUGGGGGCAAUACUUUACCAAAAUGUGUUGAAGAAUCAGCCCUUGAGAGACAUGCUGUUCUGGACACAAUUGCUAUUUGGUGUAGCAGGAAUGCUGGACUUGAUGUUGGUGCAACGAAUGAAUCUGAAAUUCGGCAUACCAGAUUAUCUCUUCGUCGUGAUCGGUGAAGCUGUUUCCCAAAUGAUCACACGCCUCAAAUGGAUGCCACUUCUAGUACUCAGUUCCAAGCUUUGCCCUUCAGGUAUCGAGGGCACUUUCUUUGCUUUGCUAAUGUCGAUUGAUAACUUCGGAGGUCUUUCCGCUUCCUGGGGAGGUGGAUUGUUGCUUCAUGUGUUGAAUGUUACAAGGAUAAAAUUUGAUGAUCUCUGGCUGGUCAUAUUGAUCCGAAACAUACUGAGAGUUUGUCCAAUUUGUCUGCUAUUUUUGGUACCCAAAAGUGACCCCAACUCUUUCAUUUUGAGUACCAACGAGGAGGCUGAAACUCCGGAACCGGACAACAUCGAAAUGGCAUCUCUGAUUCACAGCGUUGAUAAUGGAAGAUAGUUUGUUCAAGAAGUAACAAUUACAAAUUAACUUGGAAUAACCAGGUUGAUUGAGCUCAACUAAGGUUCCGAAGUUGUAUCUUUUCCAGGGACAGCUGCCUCAUCAUUAUUACUUCAUAUACCAAAGCACUUUUUCAACCAUUUUCCAGGGACAGCUGCCUCAUCAUUAUUACUUCAUAUACCGAUGAACCUUUACAUUCAAAUACUUAAUUCACUGGACAGAAAUGAAAUGACUUGUACCAGCCUCCUCUUUACCUAUUUAUUUGCUUGACUUGAACCAACAUCAUUCAAUAUUGCUUUCUUAACGAUUCAAGU